ACGAUCCCAUUUUUAGUUGCAGUCCAAAUACACAUUAUUGAAAAUAGGCUGUGUAUCGGAUAACUCGUGGAAGCUGUUUAUGUUCUACGAUUGGUCGCUGGAUUUUAUGUGUAUUAAAAUGACCAUCGGUGUUAUAUUCACCAACUCGAUUGGUCAAACAGCUUAUAGUUAUUGACCGUUUUUUGACCUAGACGAACAUUUCGUCUAGACAGUGUGACCGAAUUUAAUACACAAGUUCGCCAUGUUGUAAGCGAUUGUGCAGGGCUGCAAAAAUACAAGAAAAUGUCCGCUCUUUGAAACGAAAAUGUGGACUUACUGGGUUCUGUUCGCUGCAAAUGUGAUUAAUUUACAAUUAACUGAAGUUGCAAGCGUAAACCCCACAUUCUGUGCUUUCAAGAAUGAGAAUUUCCAGAUAAACACAACAGCAUCAUGGUCGUCACAAAGUGAUUGGUUGAGGAAUCUUUUGUUAGAGGAGUAUGAACAGACACGGGGCGUAUUCUUGUCGGGCGGGUACGAGAGGUGUGAGGACUCUUUAAAUACCAGUCAUUGUUAUACACUGUGGGCAAAGUCAGCUGACCAGUCUACUCCUGUCAUAGCCAAGCAAGGAUGUUGGAUACACUUCACAAAAGGUACUCCUAAUAAAUGUCAAGUGAGUAAAUGUGACGAGUCACCAUCAAACUGGACAGAUGACUCACAGUUUCAGUUCUGUUGUUGUACAGGAAAUAAAUGUAACGAUGUGAAAGAUGCCGCAGAUAGCAAGGAACAGGAUAAUGUACCGGUUCCACCCAAGGUUGCUCCUGUCACAGAGAAAAAGAUUCAAUCUAAAGAAAAAAGUAAGACUAAGGCUACAUAUUGUGCAUACAGAUGGAAUCAACCUAAAGGAAGUAAUGGUAAAAUAAAUGAGGAUCAAGGAAUGGGAAGUGUUCAAGAUGGUGGUUAUCAAGCUAAAUGUGAUGAUGAGAAUGACUACUGCUUCUCGUAUUACACGUUAGACCCUGUCAACAAAUCCAGAAUUACAGUCAGUAUUCAAGGAUGUUGGAAGGUACAAGACAAGGUUUGUAAUUCAGCAGAAUGUAUACCACAUGAAGGUAGCCGUAGUUCACAUAAAAUAAGUAACAAUUCACACUUCUGUUGUUGCCGUGGUAACAUGUGUAAUAACAACAUCUCAAAGGACUUCAUUCCUAUCACAAGAAGAAUAACAACUGAAUCAAGUGGACCAGUGUUACGUCAACUGCGUGAUCCGUCAUAUAAAGAGCGUACAAUAGUGAUAUCAUUGUUAUCUGUGUUCUCAUUGGCUAUCAUCAUACUCGGACUAUACCUUGUCUAUAGAUUCUGUUUCCGACCUCCGACCUUGCCUACACAUAGUAACAGUGACCCAGAAAAUCCUCAGUCGCCUGCAUUUGAUAUUGAUAAUUUAAAAAUUAGUUGUUUGAUAAUAAAAGGCCGUUUUAGUGAAGUAUGGAAAGGGUCGUUAAACGAUCAAGAUGUUGCUGUGAAAAUAUACUCACCCAGUUACAGACAGUAUUAUUACAAUGAAAAAUAUAUAUAUUCUCUACCACACAUGGAACAUGAUAAUAUAAUGAAGUUUCACGGAGGAGAAGAACGUAUAUUACAAGAUGGAGAAGUACAACAUCUCCUCGUACUGCAGUAUGUUCCUGAUGGAACGUUAAUGAACUAUCUCAAGAACAAUACAAUAGACUGGUAUACCAUGUGUAAAAUGUGUCUAACACUUGCUAAAGGACUUGCCCACCUACAUGCUGAUAUAGGAUCAGGAGAUUCCUUCAAGCCAACAGUAGCUCAUAGAGAUAUCAACAGUCGGAAUGUAUUAGUGAAGCCUGACCUUAGCUUAGUGAUAGCUGACCUAGGUUUCUGCAUGACAACCAUGGGGUCAAAGUUGAUACACAAAGGUCAUACAGAAAAUGCUGAACAGACUUCACUGACUGAUGUUGGUACAUUAAGAUACAUGGCCCCUGAGUUAUUAGACGGAGCUGUAAACCUGCGUGAUUGUGAGGCCUCGUUAAAACAGAUAGACAUGUAUGCAUUUGGUCUCGUCAUGUGGGAAAUCUCAUCAAGAUGCUCAGAUCUUUAUCAAGGUUGUCCUAUGCCAGAGUUUGCUCUACCCUAUCAGAGUGAGGCAGGCUGUCAUCCAUCGUUUGAGGAAAUGCAAGUAUUUGUUUCACGAAACAAAGUGCGACCAAAGUUCCCAGAAGUCUGGAAAGACUAUAAUCAAGCUAUCAGGGCUCUAAAAGAGACUAUAGAGGAAUGCUGGGAUCAUGAUGCCGAGGCGAGGUUAACAGCACUUUGUGUAGAAGAACGUGUGAUGGAAAUGAAAAUGCUGUGGUCACAUGAUAACAGAAAUAAGGCUAACAAAGGUGUGACGCCCACCAUCAACACUGCAUUACUGUCUCAAGUUUCAAGUAACACUCGCCCUGGUUACCAUGGUAAUGGGCACACCCAGUGGGGAGGACUAAGUUCAAACACAGACUCAACCUCACCAAGUAUUGUAGCUGAAGGAAAUACAUCAGCUUUGAUAAUAAACGAUAUUCGUAACAGUACUGUAACUAUAGCCUGUCAGAGUGAUGUAUCUACACAUGUACCACAAACAUGGUCAAAUGAACGACACGGCAGUUUCUCUACUUCAACAAUGGAGACAACUCUUGGAGUAACGCCAAAUGAGUCGGCACCAAGUCAUCCGAAGUCUCAGAAUAUCAAUGCAAUGAUGAAUCAGCCAGUCCCAGCACAUCAAGGUCGUAACCCAAUAGUUGAACGUAACACACAUAAACGAAGUGAUGAGGAACUAGCUGUUGUUGGAAACAACCUGUUUUAUGGUAAAGAUAAAAGUGAGAGUGAUGGUAUGGGACAUGGUGAUAAUAUAUUUGAUAAUUUCACUGACAGUCUCGAGUCCUCCUUGAUGCAGAAUGAUUCACUGAAUCAUAAUCGGUCACCAUAUGUACAGAACAGUCGUAUAAAUACGGGAGUUGGUACAGAAAGGCCACCAAAAAUUGUCAACAAUCCUAACGAGAGACGAGAAAACAUAGCAAAUGUAAGUGCUGUUACAAAUGUUGCCAAUGCACAUGUCAGUGCAACUCCAAAGACAAAGAAGGCACGUGAAAUGGGAAUUUUAGGGCAUUUAGCGCUGCUUGGUAAACUUGCUUUUAGUGGAAAACUUGACAAUAAAAGAAAUAUGAAUGAAAAUGAUAGUCCCAUGGCUUCGAGUGUUGAGAUUGGAAGACAUGACAAUAUUGGUCGUCAAAAUCCAACAUAUGAGCCCUCUAAUAGUAUGGAUACUGAAGUAAGACUGACAAAUACAGGCACUGUUGUAAGGCCGACUGUUUUACAGUCCAAACUGUGUAAUAUUGAUAAAAGAGAAAUACCCGAGUCAAACUUAAACAAAGAAUACCAUAGUAAUGUUGAAGUGGAAAGUAUUGAAAGCAAUGAAAAUGAUGAGUUUCAGAGUGAUUCACCUUUAAUAUCCCGGCACCGAGUUGCUCCGUAUUCUAAAAGCACGUCAGACUUAAGUCCUCAAAAGACAAGUCAUAAUUCAAAACUGGAGGAAGAAAACAAGAUGCCUAGGCCAAGUACUCUGUCAUUAAAGGGACAUAACUACAGUAAAUCAAGAAGUGGAAGCUUGAACUCCUUACCAAAGUUUAGAGGCGUCUUGACGCAAAGGAGUGGGAAACCGUCCCUCGGUAAGAAACCAUUAAAGAAUGGUUAUAAAAUGAUAGAUAACGGGGCAAAACUCAAAACUGAUGCAACGGACAAGAUAAAGUUGCGAAAUAAAACACCAGUUCCGGACAAAAAUGGCCGUUAUUCACUCCACGAUGACAGGUUAAUGUCUGACAAUUGUAAGAUGAGAAGGGAAGGCUCGGAGCUGUGGAAAUCAAGUGUAAGCCUUCAGCAAUUUAAGUCUAUUUCUGAGAAUGAGUCAUCAAAUGUUUACACUGAUUGUACAUGCUGAAUAUUUGCACAGAAUUAGUUUCCCCUUUUUUUGCACUUAGUUGUACUGCUUAAUGAUAUGAUAUCUGUAAUGUAUUGAGAAAUAUGUACACAUUACCUUUUUUAAUGUGUUUAAAAAUGUGUUAUUCAGAUUAUUUAUAUGUUGAUUUAUUGUUAUUUGAUUUGAUCAAAAUUUAACUUCAAUAUUAUUCUUUAAGCUGUUUUAAACUAUGAUAGGCACACAUAUUCAUCUUCAGUUGAAAUCUCAAACCUGAGGUGUUUUAAAGGUCACUGACAUCCAGUCACUUGACCUUUGCUGUGGUCCAAAAUUUUAUCAGCAACUUUACAUUAUUAAUGUGAAGAAGCUGUCUGGCUAGGUUACAAAACUUUUCCUGCUUCCUCCAUCAGUAAAGCUUAUGUGGUCAUGUGACCUUUAGAUGCUUGGUGAAACAUAAAACUUGACCAUCCAACUGAUAAAUAAAUGAAACAAAUCAAUGAAAACAUUCUGAUUAUAAUAGGAAUACUGUCAGUCUCUGGAUAGUCAUUUUCUCUAGAUAUUUUCAAAAAGGGAGUUUCACCAUUAAAAAAUCAUAAUAAUACUGUUAAUGAUAGGAGUGGAUCUUUUUCUGUUACGUAACAUUGUUUUGUAUUAAAAAGGUUUAACUUUAAUUUAAGACAUUUAUAAAGGUAUUUUCCUAAAUUGUCAUCUAUAGACUAAAUCUUCCAAGCUGGUGUAUACAUAAUACAUAAUUGUUAAUUCUUAUCAAGUUUUAAGUCAAUUAUGUAAAGAUAAGUGACAGUGUUAGAUGUACAGGUAAAAAAGGCCAAUCAUACAGUGUUGAUAUAAUAAAGUUAAAAUGAAGUGAGUUUAUGCUGUAACUGGUCAGUUUAUUAUAUCCGUAUAGUGUUAACUUAAACAUUUAAAGUCUUAAUAUUAUUAUCAUAAAUAUUGAAAUAUCCAUAAAAUACAGAAAAAGCUAUUUUAUUUAUUCUUAUGAACAUAUUGUUUGCUCCAAGAAAUUUUGCAACGGCCAAGUCAACUUUUGACCAAGAUAAAACUUGUGUUAAAAAUUUAUUAGUUAUAAAAAACAAAAUUUUGUAAUCAUCAUGAUAAUUUCAUGGUGUUCAUAUUUAAAACCUCUCAUUUUUUUAUCAGCUCAUGAAUAAUGAUGGAAAUACGUUCAUACCAUACUUGUUUAUUUUUCUUUCUUUUUUAUGAUUGCUUUCAGAAAGCAUAUUUUGUUUUUGUUCAUGCUUAAAUUAUUUGUGUUGUAUUAAUGCUUAAGCUUAAAGCAAAAAGUUUUAUUAUGUAUUCUUUACCAGUUUAUUCUCAUUCUAUUUAACAUGUACUUUUUAUUUUCUUUUUUAUUCUGUUUUGAACUAUUACUGUAUUUGUUAUAUAAUUGUGUUAAAGUAUAUAGGUAUGUCUGUAAAAUUGUACACCUUUAAACUUUGAAAUUUUGAUAAGUUUAAAGGUAUUGACCUAUACUUUAUAAAUUUCAAUAACUCUACCAUAACACUGUUUUCAUUUUUAUUUUGUCUGGAAAUAGUUCUAACAUCAAAUUUUUCAAAGUAAACUAUCCGAUUGUAUUUUUAAUUUUUGUUCGACUAUGUAAAGAAUAGUUUGUGUCUUUAGCACUACUGAGGAGAAAGGGUUGAAACUUAUCAACUUGUUUUAGAGCAUAGUAGGAGGUCACUGUCCAAGACACAUAACUCUUACAUGCAUUUUGACAGAUUUUUGACCCUUGUUGAACUUAGAAAAUUUUACAUUUUCCAGGCUUUUUAUUAACUAUCGAGCACUGAGAGCACACAGUCUUACUGACAGCUCUUGUAUUUACUUUAAAUAACUGGAUUUUACACCAACUAUUCUGUUCACAUAUAAAUAAAUUAUGUUAGCAUAGAAUAAUUUAGAAAUGAAAGCAGUCAUUUCGAUUUGCUUUUUUUUAUUUAUAUACAUUUACAUGUAUAUAUGUGACCAUUUGUAAUGAAAAUUAGUAGAAGCAGAAAUAUUUUUAGAAUUGUUACAAUUAUGUUCAAUUUUCAAAAGAGUUGUAAUUUUGUUCACACUUAAUUUUACAAUUAUCAACAUGUUACAUAAUUAGUGUUCUAUUACAUGACUGUAUAAAAUAAGUGUUUAAUUUCAACACUAUGUAUAACUAGUGUUUUUAUUUCAGUAAAGAGUUUUUAUUUCAACAUUAUACAUGCAUAUAUGACUAGUGUUUUUAUUUCAACACCAUAUAUAGCUAGUGUUUUUAUUUUCAACACUAAAUAUAGCUAAUCUUUUUAUUUUCAACACUGUAUUUAGCUAGUGUUUUCAUAAGAACACUUUAUGAUGGUGUUUCAUUUAAACCCUAUAUAAAUGGUGUUUUUAUUUAAACACUAUAUAAAUGGUGUUUUUAUUUAAACACUAUAUAAAUGGUGUUUUAUUUAAACAUUCACUAUUACAGUGGUAGCAAUAUUUUACUAAAUCAUUGUAUAUACAUGAAACAUUCUUAUUUCAUAUCUACUUUCUCACUCUUAAUCCUUUAUUUUGUCCAAACAUUCUUCUUAUUCAUAUUAUAAUAUGUAGCUAUCAUUGUCAUCACAUCAUCAAUCAUUAUUCAUCAUUAUCAUCAUUCAUCAUUAUCAUCAUCAUGAUGCAUUAUUUGGUUGCAAGUUUUUUCUUUUAUAUAUAAAUAUAGUCAUUUCUUAUUUUUAUUGCUUACCUGUAUUUGUUUAACACUCAGUGCUAACUUUUAAAUAAUUGGCUUACAUUUAUGACGAUUAUGUGCAGCAGUUUUCAUUGAUAAUACCAUGUAUAUAUAAGGAAUUUUUAAAUUAGAUUUAUCUAGUGUCAUGUAUACAAGAUUAACAGUAAUUUAAAACGUCAUAUAAACAUUAAUUGAUAAUGAAAUGUUGGAAUGAUUUUUGUCUCUUUCUUUAUGGUUAAAAAUAUAAUGUUAUAUUUUCCUUGUUAAGAAAAAAAUUCAAAAUAUAUCUGAAAGUAAUUGGCUACAAUAUGAUUUAGUAAAUUUAAGGUAACAUCUACUUGCCUGGUAUAUCACAUGAAAAUGUGGGUCACCAUUUUACAUAUAUACGAAAUAUAUGUGUGCAGAUUAUGUUAAUAUCUGUGUCACAAGUUAGCGUGUGGUUACAGGAGAAGUAUAUUUGUGACAUAAAUUCGGCAUAUAAAAUUAUGUAAACAUUUAUGACAUAUUUUACAGAUGCAAAGAUUUUAUGCAUCUAUAUGAUAAUUUAUGUUUAAAGACAUUGGUAUGAAAAUAUGUAUAGAUUUAUGACAUCAUUUUCACAAAUUAUAUAUGAAGGUUUUACCAGAAGAAUUUACCAAUUAGUCAACAUGUUCAUGUUAAAGCAUAAUGUUAUAUUCCAUGCAGUUUUUGGUGCGCUUUACGCCAUGUCUUUCAUCGGAGAAGAAAAACACACAUAUACAUACUGUAUUAAUGUUUUAUAUUUUAUGUUACUGUUUUUAUUACUUAUAUAAGUGAACUUUUGUGAUUUAGUGGUCAAUGUGAGUUUCAUUAAGACGACCUUACAAUCAUCAAAGUAUGGAAAUUAUAGCCCUCUACCAUCUUUAGUGGCUGAAAAUUAAACGUUAUGUUUCCAUGGAAAUUCACUUAAUCCAAGUGUUAUUGUAAACAUAUACACACCAACAAGGACCGGUAGUUAUAACUAUAAUAUACCUGUCAUUAACACAAAAUCUUUUUCAUGUAUAUAUACACUGAUGUUCAUUACAUUAUAUUUGUAAUAAAAGUGCUUAUUAUCUCCCCUGACAGUCAAAGAAUCAUGACUUAUCUCCCCUGUUAAUAUGUGCUCACAAUUUAUCUCCCCUUGAUUAGUUAAAUAGCAAUUCUGUCUUAUAUAAUAUAAGGAUAGGAAAUACAAUAUUAACAAUAAUUGAACAUUCAAGUUUUAAACCUGUUGUACACACGUGUUCACUAUUUCCUAAAUAUUUAAAAUAUGGUUUUUAAAUGAAUGACAUUGUAAUAAUUUUAAUCAUUUUUUUUUUUGUGAUUUAGAUUAAUCUCUGCAGAUGGGGGAUAUUUUAAACCUUUUUACAACUUGUAAAACUUAGAUGUGAUUUUAUACAGAGCUAUUUAAUGUUGCUAUAAACAUGAACAAAUACAUUUAGACAGAUUAAAAGAGAAAACAUGUAGUCAUAAAGUGAUGUAUCUUCUAUUACAUUGAACACUUUUAUUCAAUAAUUGUGUUUUAAUUGUGGUACUUCAUACCUGGUCCAAGUGCUAGUUUGUUUUUUCUUAAAUUUACCUUUUUUUCUCUUUAUAAAUGUAAAUUAAUUGGCCAGAAAUUUUCUUUAUGACAAAUAAUUGAAUGACACAAUUAAAUUAGUAAUGUUAAUAGAGUAUAUUAUAAUUUUGUUUUAAGUAAAUGGAGUUAAAUUUCUUUAUGCAGUCAUUGGAAUAAGACAGAUUUAGAUAACGUCAAUGUUCAGUUUUUGUGCCAUACAAGUAAUAUUACCACAAUUAUCUAGUAAACAGUCAAUGCCACAUCAUUCAGUACCUUCUUUUGUAAUUGAUAUUUUCAUAAUGGUGUUACCACAAACAAAUUUAUUGUUAGACAAGAAAUUGACCUUUAUUUUGUGUAAUGUCACGGUCACCGUUUAUGUGUCAUGAAAAAAAAAUAGACUAAAAAAGGAAAGAAAUUGAACAUUAUUAAUUAUUUUGUCAUACAUAUAUAUAUUAAUGAACUGAUUCACAUAUUCUUGUUGAACAACAUAAAUAAAAAAAAAAAAUAAAUAAAAAAUCUGGAACAUUAUGCAGAUAAAAUAAUGGAUUUUGAUUUUGAGUUAUAUGACGAAACAGUACAAAUUUAAAUUUGGGGGGAUUAGUGCUAUAAUGCAUUUUACAUUAUAUAAAAUUGUUUCUUUUGUGCCAUACGAUAUAGACGGGGAUUAAAUCAUCGUUAUUAGUUACCAUAGUUACCAACUGUACCAAGUACUCAUAAUGGUAUAUGUUAAUAUGAGCCACGUCACAACAAAACCAACAUAGUGCGUUUGCGACCAGCAUGGAUCCAGACCAGCCUGCGCAUCCGCACAGUCUGAUCAGGAUCCAUGCUGUUCGCUUACCAACUCUAUAACAAGUAGAGAAACUGAUAGCAUGGAUCCUGAUCAGACUGCGCGGAUGCGCUGGCUGGUCUCCAUCCUUCCUGGUCGCAAACGUACUAUGUUGGUUUGGUCAUGACACUGCUCAUAUAGAUCUUUACAAUUGUUCCUUACAAUAAAUACACCUAUUACACUAGUAAUGAACCAGUUACAGUUAAUAUUUUGUUUCAUUCAAAGCACAGCUUUUUCAGUUAAUCACGUAAAGUUUAAGAUUUAGUUUCAAUUUGGGCACCUCUUAAAUUGUCCAGUUUGUCUAAUAUGUAACCAUUUCUGACAAUGUUAUUAUUUGUGUUAAAAUGUCUAAUGUUGUAGUAAAGAAACAAAAUAGUUUCAUUUUUUAUGUAAUAUUAAAAUCAAUGGCAAAAGAGAAAAUUAUAACAUUGAAAUCUGAUAAGAUUUCUUUUUGUCAUCUGUCAAAAUUUUGUGUCACUGGCUGCGUCCAAUCAAAGAUAGGUUCUCCUCUGUAUUGACAGAAAAUUCUUGAUUUUUUUUUCUUACCUGUUUAUUGACAAGGGAACAACUAUGGUUAUUUGUUACUGUAUGGGAAACACUGACAAACAUGGAGAAUUAAAGAUGAACAUAAAUAAUAAGAUUGUGAGAGAGAUAAAUUUAACAUUAUGCUGUAAGCUCUAUAGUACUGCUAACUGUGUUAUUGUUUCUAUUUUAUAAUGUUGCAGAAAUUGUAAUAAUUUUAUGGCAAUAAAAUUGCUGCUUUGUGGAA